GCGAGUGCGGCAAGGGCUUCGUGCGCCGCUCGCACCUGGCCAACCACCAGCGCAUCCACACGGGCGAGAAGCCGCACGGCUGCGGUGAGUGCGGUAAGCGCUUCAGCUGGCGCUCGGACCUGGUGAAGCACCAGCGCGUGCACACGGGCGAAAAGCCCUACAUGUGCUCCGAGUGCGGCGAGACCUUCAGCGUCAGCUCGCACCUCUUCACGCACAAGCGCACGCACUCGGGCGAGCGGCCCUACGUGUGCCGUGAGUGCGGCAAGGGCUUCGGGCGCAACUCGCACCUGGUGAACCACCUGCGCGUGCACACGGGCGAGAAGCCCUUCCGCUGCGGCCAGUGCGAGAAGCGCUUCAGCGACUUCUCGACGCUCACGCAGCACCAGCGCACGCACACGGGCGAGAAGCCCUACACGUGCAUCGAGUGCGGCAAGAGCUUCAUCCAGAGCUCGCACCUGAUCCGCCACCGUCGCAUCCACACCGGCAACAAGCCGCACAAGUGCGCGGGCUGUGGCAAGGGCUUCCGCUACAAAACGCACCUGGCGCAGCACCAGAAGCUGCACCUGUGCUAGGGCUGGGCCGCGUGUGGGGGGGACACACUGCCGUCGGGGAGCAUGUGGGGAGUAGCCGUUCUGGGGAUAGACCGCGUAGGAAGAAAUGGGAAGGGGCGGGAGGGACAAUCCGAGAGUGACCAGGGAGUCUUUUGGUGUUAGGGGGUCUUGAUGGGGAGGGUUGAGUCAGCGUUGUUCUUUUGGGGUGUCAUAUUUUGCCUGCCUCCUCCCCAGCGAGGACAUGUUUGGGAGAUGUGCUUGAGCUAUUCCUUCUUCAAAUACACACAGUAGGGGGCGGGGGAAGAGCAGGCACUUUGAGGACCUUGAAGAAGGGGAGUUAGGGGAGUAGGGGAGUGAACGGGAUGUCAGGCAAUAGAGUAGGUUGGGCUGUGAGGGCCGGUGGGAAUCGGGAGAGGGUGUGGGGUUAAAGAGAGGGUUAUGGGGUAAAAUAAAAGGCGGGUAUGAAUAAUUCUAUCCUGGUCUCUCCAGGUGUUAAGCCACUGUUUUGCCCUGUCCCCCCACAUCAGCUAUAGUCUCAUGAAAAGUAGAGGAACCUUGUCGAUCCUAUAGGAGAGGAUAUUUUGUAUAUUCUUCCCUUCCUUUCUCUGAGCCACAGUUAGCUGCUAUUUUGAGGCAUCCAGGGGAAACUGGGCAGGAAAGCUUACACACUGAUUUCAAGGACAAAAUCGACGUUUGGGAAUUCGUCAUAACUGGCUUUAAGAUCACCUGGGAAAUCUUGGUCCUGCCCCUGGUUCUUUGCUACUUCCUUUAAAGUAGUCUAGCUUCAUGCUGGGUCAGGGUGGUCUAUGUGGUUGUCAGGUGUUAGGUGUGUGCCGAGCCCGGUAUUUCAGGUCUCACUUGUGCAGGGAAAUGAAACAGUCCCAGCUGUGUGUGACUUUCCCUUUCCCAGGUCAGCAUGAUGCUUGUUUGAAGUGAAUAUCAGAUCAGCAACAGUUGCCCCAGUGACCUACUACAAAAGUCAUCUAGCUCAGAGUUUUGCUAGCCUUAUGUGAGAAAUCCAGGAGAGCAAAUGUGCACAUGUUGGGGUACAAGGCUUCUUUGUCUCAUUUGCCUUCACUCUGUAUCCAAUGCCCCCCUUCCCCUUGGUAGUAAUGGGGGAGAUAAUUGAACAGCCACCUCCAUCCAUAUUGAUAUGGGCUUUUGAUCUGAGUAGAAAUAUCUUUUAUCAACACAGGGAGGCACAGCAGAAAGCUCAAGGCUUUACACAAGGAAGGCACAAGCAGGGAGAGGUCUAAGUGCAAAAUUGCCAAAUAGCACAAGCAAUGAAUGUUUUCUGGUUGUUAUAUAAAUGCCAAAAUAGCACUUUUAUAUUUGUAAAGUGCUUUACGCUUUUUAAUGAUUGUUAGUUGUUUCUCACAUCUUUGUGAGGUAGAUCAGUAUUAUGACCCCUGUCGUAGGGAAGACCUGGGGAUAGGAGUACAGCAGGCUGUUCGGAAGAGAGACUGAUGACCGUGGGGAUAGGCAUGGUCUGACCUUUUGUGUUCUCCAGCUCAGCUGCUAGAGAGACUUCCUGUCAUGAUUUAUAUAAUAAAAUCAAGACACUGAAAAUUCUUACGCUCUGUGGAAAACUUAAGGCUAGUCUAGAAGGGCCAAAGAUGUCCUUGUUGACAAAGCUGGUCUUUGUCACAUAAUUAGGGUGUCUUAGGUUUGUUCUGUUUCUAGUAGGGGGAUGUAGUUAGAUGACUCUUGUACAGAUUCCAGUUACCUAUGCUGAAAAUCCGUCCCCUAGGUUCGCCUUUAGAAGUUAGAGCUGUGGAAAGCAAUCCUGUUUUCUUCACCAGUGAUUGUUAGUUGCCCUGUACUUUUCAUGGAAGCAUCUUCACAAACUGUUGGACACACUUGAAGGAAAAGAAGAAAAACUGCAAGAUUGUUUUUACAGUUUUAGCAGACUUUCUGUGGAUGCUGGUAAUUUAUACUUGAUCAGUUGUAUUUUAGCAAAGAACCUCUUCGGGGACUGUAGGGAAGCAUGUUUCUGUUCUUAUAAAAACACCUUCUAAAAAAAAAAUCCUGAGAAUUCUGGGCUUGUAUAAUGCCUGUUGAUCUUGCCCUCUUAAUCAGUUUGUUGUUAUUUACAAAUGCAAAUACAUUUUCAAAAGAUAAUUUUGCAAGACACUAAUUCUUUAUUUUCUUUUAGUUGAGUAAUAUGAACAAAGUAUUUGUCCAUUAUUUAUUCUGACUCUUUACUCUGAAUACUAAGUGUAUGGGACUCCUUUGAAAAUAAUAUAGCCAGUUUGUAGGUAAUCUUACUCCUUUGUGUGUUUUUUUAUGCACAUCUACCUCUUCCAGCCAUUUUAAGUUCUCUCAAGUCUGUGCCUAUGAAGUCUCAUGCAACUUUUGAUUAUUCAUGGAUUGAUUAUCCACUUUUAUGGGUUAUUUGGCCUUUUGCUGCCGUUGUACUCUGUUGUACAGUCUCGUCUGCAUCAGCUAUGUUAACGUAUGGGCAGCUUUCAAGAAAGAAUUCAACAGGGAAAUGAGAUUGAAGCUAAUAUAAAAGAAUUUGGUGGCAGUGGAAAUGUUUGGAUUUCAUUGACCUCUCUUCUUUCAAGUACCAUGGAUAAGAGAGUCAGCUACCACUUCAGUAUCCCUUUGAUGAGCAAAUCCCUCAGCAGAAGAAAACAGCCCAACCACCAAGACCCCUACUCUCAUGGUGCACUUAAAAUGUGAUUCCAUUUUUCUUACAAUUCUUCAGGGAACAUAGCUGCAUUAAGUGAAUUUAAAUGCAGUCAGGAGGUUGUUUCUUGUAUUCUAGUUCGAGAAUAAUAGUUUUUCUUCAGCAAACCCCAUUAACUGUGGUUCACCCUUAAAAAUGUUAAUUUGAAGAUUCCUUCCAUCAGCUCAUUCAUGACGGUGGAGGCAAGUGUAUCAUUUGUUUCCUGGGGAGUUUGGUCAAGUUCAGGCUACUCUUUCCUUAGCAAAAGCUGGAGCAGUUUCGUCAGCUUAAAUGGCUUGAUUCAAUCUUGAGCUCUGAGUUGGAAAGAGAAGAUGAGAAGUUAACCCCUUGAGCCAUGUCGUUUCUUCAGGAUCAAGAGGCUGUACAUAUGUGAAAAAGUACAGAUGAAGAACCUGUGUUCAUAGACAAUCUGAACUGUUUCUGAAGUUUGUGCACAUUUUCCUUCACUGUAAUGUUAUUUUACAGCUGUUUGUUAAAAUAGUGAAUAAUUUAAUGAUCCUAAAAGUAACAGGUUUUGUGUGAGUGUGUGCUUGUAUAUGUGAGAAUUGCCUUAUUUUCAGGUUGUUUUAUUUAAUGAUGGUUCCUUGGACAGCGUUCUGGUGUUCAGCAACCAAUAUGGAAUAUUUGUCAUUAAAUCCAUAUCAGUCUUUUUCCAUGCCAUUCUUUCUUGUCAUCCAUUAAAUAUCACCGAGAUCAGUAAA